AUGUUCAAGCUCCUCGCCAACGCGCUGCACAGCGACGACGCGACGCCCGCGCCUGCACCGCCAGCCGAGCCCAUCCCCGCCGAGCCCAGCAGCCCGCGCCUGCGGAUCGAGCACGCCCGGCGUCUAGAAGAGGAACUAGCAAUAGCGCGCGCGGACCUGGCCGAGCAGAAAGCGGCGUAUGAGCGCAAACUCAGCGACGCGGCGGCGGCGGCAGCCGAGACGCAGAAGACGCUUCGCGCGACGUACGAGAGCAAGACGGCGCGCCUGGCGAAGCGCAACGAGUGGCUUGAGGGGACGGUGCGUCAGCUGGGCGAGGAGAAGGCGUGGUUAGCGGAACGGAACGAACGGUUGGAGGAGCAGGGCCGGGGGCUGGAUGAGCGGGUUGGCGUGCUUGAGGAGGAGGGGUGCGCGCUGAGGACUGAAAACGGGCGGCUGAGAGACACGAAUGCGGAGCUGGAAGCCGUCGUCGCGGAGCUGGUACGGGAGCUCGAGACCGUGGAAGAGGGGGCACUGGAGCAGGCGCGGCGAGCGCGCGCCUCGCUCGUGCGGCGACCAAGACUGGCGCCCGACGCGCAGUUGCAGCUUGCGGCUGCUGCGGGCGAGAAGGCUACCUCGACUACGGCUACAUCUACGGCGGACAAGGACACGUCCACCACGACGACUGCGACUGCGACUGCAACCGCCCCCUCUACCGCCGCAGGCGCCACCGACACCGCGUCCCUCCGCACACCCACCCAGCGCCGCCUCCCAGGCAUGAGCACGACCCUCCGCCGCGGCGCCGACCUCUCGGGCGCUACGCUGCGCGACUCGGCGCACCGCACGCCCUCGGGCAGCCUGGAUCCGCGCUCGAUCGCCGCGCUGAGGACGCUUGCUUCGCCGUCGCCGGCGCCUGGGUCUGGGGCUGGAGCAAUGAACCCGCCUUCCGCAGCGUCUGUGAGACGCGAGAAGCAGCAGCAGCAGCAGAGCGGAAGCGCGGCUGGUGGUGCAGGCGGCUGCGUGAUUGUGAAGCAGGGACGGAAGCGCAUGAGGCGCGAGGUUGGCGAUAGUGAGGGCGAUGAGGACGAUGCUUUUGGGGGUGGUGCUGUUGGUGCUGUUGGUGGGCAGAGGGGUGCUCGGAGGGAGGCAAGUGGUGUGAGGGCGACGGUUUAG